AUGGCGAACCUCUCUAUGAGCCGAGUCUCCUCGACGGACAACAAGUCCCAAACUAGCAGCAUCCGCAGCAAGGCCUCUUCCAUCUCCGUUUCCCUCAAGAAGCGCCUCUCGUCCAUGAAGGAACAAUGGGGUCCCGGGUUGGCCGCAAAGGAGCACUGGGACGAUGAGUACACUUUCCCUGCUGGACGCUGGGCUGGUCAGGGCCUCGACCCUAGCUGGUGGGCUCCCCAGGACCGCAUGAUCCAUUACGCUUGA